AUCUGCACUGCUCCUCCCUCGCGCUUGCGGCGGCCGGCGAGCACGCGCGGCGCGGCGCGGCACGGGCGGGCUCCUCUCCUCCUCUCCUUCCCCGCCCCCCUCGCCUCCUUCCCCUGAGCCAGGACGGAGAGGCGGCGUGGCCGGAGCUGAACCUGACUGAAGGUAAUUGUGUGGCGAGAUGGGAGGAAGACCUUAUAUGAUAGAGAAGGAUGGAGGGUAGGGAAAAGAGGGGAAGAUCCAGGGGUGUUGUCCGGCGGAUGGCAAUGGAGUGCCUGUGCUCCGGGGAGCAGCUGAAGGGGGCAGAUGAGAUCCUCCGGUCACCAGAAUCCGCGAUCACCAAAGAUUGCUCGGCCAGUGGGUACUCGUCCCGGAAUGGAGAGAUCGAACAGUACCUUGAUAAUGGUAACAUUGAGGAGGCUGAGCUGUCCCUCCGGGAGGGCGUUUGCCUUAACCAUGAGGAAGCAAGGGCGUUACUAGGAAGGCUAGAAUACCAACGUGGGCAUGUAGAAGCAGCACUUCGUGUAUUUGAUGGGAUAGAUAUAUCUGCUUUAGUCCCUAAGAUGAAAAUCUCAAUUGCUAGAAAAGCAGAUCGUCGAAAAUCUCGCUCUCAAUGGGAUUCUCCACCAAUGCCCUUGCAUGCUGUCAGCCUGCUCAUGGAGGCCAUAUACCUUAAAUCAAGAGCUCUUUAUGAUCUUGGAAAGUUCAAAGAAGCUGCACAAGAAUGCAGAAUGAUAUUGGAUAUUGUGGAGGCAGCAGUGCCUGAGGGCUUGCCAGCAGGCUUUGGAAAAGAUUGUAAAUUAAAUGAAAUAAUCUGCAAGGCUGUAGAGUUGCUCCCUGAGCUAUGGAAACUAGGGGGAUUUUCACUUGAAGCCAUUUCUUCAUAUAGGAGGUCUCUUCUAAAUAAAUGGAACCUUGAUGGAGAGACCAUAGCUCGUAUACAAAAGAAAUUUGCCAUUUUUCUUCUAUAUAGCGGCUGUGAAGCACGACCUCCAAAUCUUCAUUCGCAGUUGGAUGGUUCAUUUGUACCUCGCAAUAACAUGGAAGAGGCUAUUCUUCUUCUAAUGAUUCUAUUAAGGAAGUUCAAUCUCAACAGGGUUGAGCGGGACCCAACUGUAAUGCAUCACCUUACUUUUGCACUGUCCAUCUCGGGACAACUAAAGCCACUAGCUGUACAAUUUGAAGAAUUAUUACCUGGUUUGCUGGACAAUAGAGAAUGGUCAUACAAUGUUGCAUUGUGUUACCUAGCCGAAGAAGAUGAUUUGACCGCCCUGAAUCUUCUCAAAAGGAUUUUGAAAUCUGGAGAUGAUUCUGACAAAAUCCAAGAACUCCUCUUAGCUUCGAAGGCUUGCACUGGAAGGAGUGCCCAUACUGAAGGUGCUUCCUUCGCACGGAGAGCAAUAACCAAUAUACAGGGAGGCUGUGAGCAAAUGGCAGGUGUUGCAGACCUUCUGCUUGGAGUUAACCUUUCUAAUCAAGCUAGAUGCGCCCCAUCUGAUACAGAGAGAGCUUCUUGGCAGUGUGAAGCUCUGGAGGUGCUUGAAAAUGCUGAAAAAAAGAUGCAUGGGAAGGAUUCUCGAGCAAUGUACAGUCUCAGCCUUGAAAAUGCUGAGCAGAGAAAAUUAGAUGCUGCUGCCUUUUACGCCAAGAAGUUGGUGAAAUUAGAGGCUGGAUCAGAAUUGAGGAGUUGGCUUCUUUUAGCUCGAGUACUGACUGCUCAGAAACAGUUUGCUGAUGCUGAAACCAUUGUUGAUGCUGCUCUUGAUCAGACUGGGAAAUGGAAUGAAGGAGAUCUAUUGCGAACCAAAGCCAGAAUUCAGGCUGCACAGAGGCAACUUAGGAAUGCUGUCGAGACAUACACCAAACUUCUUGCUGUCAUUCAACUCAGAAAGAAAAGCCUGAGUGCUGGGAUCUUCUUGAUAAAGGGCACUAAGGAUGAUAGAAGCCUGGAAUUGGAAACCUGGUAUGAUCUAGCUCUCUUGUACCUAUGCAUGUCACAGUGGAGGGACGCAGAGGUUUGCGUAUCCAGGAUAAGGGUCAUCAGUCCAUAUUCUGCCUUGGCUUGGCAUGCUACAGGAAAACUGUAUGAAGCGAAAGGUCAGUCUAAAGAAGCUUUGGGAUCCUAUUUCAGAGCAUUGGACCUUGAUCGUAAACAUGUUCCGAGUUUGAUAUCAAUUGCUAUUGUUAUUCGAGAGGUUGGCAACAGGCCAUUGCCUUCUGUACGGUGCUUUCUGACUGAUGCAUUGCAACUGGAUAGAACAAAUCAUGUGGCUUGGUUUAACCUUGGGCUACUCUACAAAGAGGAAGGUGGCCGGUCAGCAGUAGAAGCUGCCGAAUGUUUUCAGGCUGCUGCUCUUCUUGAAGAAACAGCACCUGUAGAACCUUUCAGGUGUUCCACUACUUUCCACCGGGAUCCGCAUCCGGAUGUCUAUAUUUCCUCCUCCCCCUCCCCCGUGGCGGCGGCCCGGAUGCUCGUCCACUCUUCCGCGUGCGGCCGCCUCCCUCUCCUCCUCCUCCUCCCCCGCGGCGGCGGCGGUUUCCUCCCCUGCGCGGCGGCCACCACCACCGCCUGCUCCCGCAGACCCCUUGCUACCGUAUCCGCUCGCGCCAUGUCCUACCGCGGCGGGCGUCGCGGCGGCGGCGGCGGGGGCGGGGGCCCGAACUCCCAGCGCGGGCGCGGGCGCGGGGGUGGUGGGGGAGGGGGGAGGGGUGGUGGGGGUGGGAGAGGGGAGCAGAGGUGGUGGGACCCGCAGUGGCGCGCCGAGCGGCUCCGGCAGAUGGCCGGCGAGGUGGAAAAGGUUGAUGAAAACGAGUGGUGGAAUAAGAUAAUACAAUUAAGAGAAGGGUCUCAACAGGAGCUAGUUGUUAAGAGAAAUUUUGGGCGUGAUGGACAGAACAUACUGGCAAAUAUGGCUCAAAGACAAGGGCUUUACUUCAAUGCAUACAACAAAGGGAAGACAGUUGUUUUCAGUAAAGUUCCACUACCUGAUUAUCGAGCUGACCUUGAUGAGAGACAUGGAUCAACACAACAGGAGAUUAAGAUGUCUAGUGAGACUGAAAGACGAGUAGAGAACCUUUUGGCCAAUGCAAAGUCGAAUAGUAAUGAUUCUGCAAGCACAUCUACUCUAACAUUGAGACAAUCUCGGCCAAGCGCAUCUUCGUCAGUAACUGAAUCAACAACAUAUAUUAAUAAAGAAAAGCUCAGUUCUGAGCUUAGGGACAUGCAGAAUUCAAGGAAGCUGAUGCCAAGUGCUAGAUCGAUGCAAUCUUUUAGGGAAAAAUUACCAGCAUUCAACAUGAGAGAGGAGUUUCUAAAAGCAGUAGCAGCCAAUCAGAUUCUGGUUAUUUCUGGUGAGACAGGCUGUGGUAAAACAACACAGCUUCCGCAGUUCAUACUAGAAGAGGAGAUAGAAAACCUUCGUGGUUCUGAUUGCAGCAUAAUAUGUACUCAGCCUCGCCGUAUAUCUGCCAUAUCGGUUGCAGCUCGUGUAGCAUCUGAAAGAGGUGAAGAGCUUGGUGAUACCGUUGGAUACCAGAUUCGCCUUGAAUCAAAACGAUCUGCACAAACCAGACUGCUAUUCUCCACCACAGGAGUUCUACUUAGAAGAUUGGUUCAGGAGCCAGACUUGGUUGGUGUAAGCCAUUUACUAGUUGACGAAAUUCAUGAACGUGGCAUGAAUGAAGAUUUUCUCAUCAUAAUUCUUCGUGACCUUCUGCCAAGGCGUCCAGACCUCCGCCUUAUAUUGAUGAGUGCAACUAUAAAUGCAGAACUUUUUUCGAAAUACUUUGGAGAGGCUCCAAUUAUGCAUAUCCCGGGAUUCACGUUUCCUGUUACUGAGUUGUUUUUGGAAGAAGUUUUAGAGAAGACCCGGUACAGGAUCAAAUCUGAACAGGACAAUUUUCAAGGGAACUCAAGAAGAAAGAGGCUUGCAUCAGUUAAGAGUGAUCCAAUAUCUGAUGCUUUUGAGAAUGUCGACAUUAAUAAGGAGUAUGGAAAUUACAGCGCUGCAACUAGGCAGUCCCUUGAAGCUUGGUCUGCUACCGAACUAAAUCUGAGCCUUGUUGAAGGUACCAUUGAGUACAUCUGUCGUCAUGAAGGGGAAGGUGCAAUCCUUGUGUUCCUUACUGGUUGGGAUGAGAUUUCAAAACUUCUCGACAAGAUUAAAGGGAACAAUCUCCUAGGCAAUUCCAAUAGAUUCUUAGUUCUUCCACUCCAUGGUUCCAUGCCAACUGUCAAUCAGCGUGAAAUUUUUGAUAGACCUCCAGCUAAUAUGAGGAAAAUUGUUCUGGCCACAAAUAUUGCAGAGAGUAGUAUUACAAUAGAUGAUGUUGUCUAUGUGAUUGAUUGUGGUAAAGCAAAGGAGACAAGUUACGAUGCCUUAAAUAAGCUUGCAUGCCUUCUACCAUCAUGGAUAUCAAAAGCUUCUGCCCGUCAGAGGCGAGGCCGUGCAGGACGUGUUCAGCCAGGUGUUUGCUAUAGGCUGUACCCUAAAGUCAUUUAUGAUGCAAUGCCGCAGUUCCAGUUACCUGAAAUUCUUAGGACUCCUUUGCAAGAACUCUGUCUUACUAUCAAAAGCUUACAGCUUGGAGCUACAGCCUCUUUCUUAGCCAAGGCAUUGCAACCACCAGACCCUCUUUCUGUUAAGAAUGCAAUUGAGCUUUUGAAAACUAUUGGAGCAUUGGAUGAUAUGGAGGAGCUCACUUCUUUAGGACGACAUCUCUGUACACUUCCAUUAGAUCCAAACAUUGGAAAGAUGCUACUUAUUGGAUCUGUUUUUCAGUGCCUGGAUCCUGCAUUAACGAUUGCUGCUGCUCUUGCAUAUCGUAAUCCAUUUGUCCUUCCAAUAGAUAGGAAAGAAGAAGCUGAUGCUGUCAAAAGAUCCUUUGCUGGUGACUCCUGCAGCGAUCAUAUUGCUCUCGUUAAGGCAUUUGAAGCAUGGAAGGAUUCAAGACGUAGUGGAAGAGAACGCUCUUUCUGCUGGGAAAAUUUCCUGUCACCCAUGACCCUGCAGAUGAUGGAUGACAUGCGCAAUCAAUUUUUCGAUCUACUAUCUGAUAUUGGAUUUGUUAGCAAGACAAGAGGAUUGAAGGCAUAUAAUUAUUAUGGGAAGGAUCUGGAGAUGGUUUGUGCUGUCCUAUGUGCUGGGCUUUACCCAAAUGUCGUACAAUGCAAAAGACGAGGCAAGAGGACAGCGUUUUACACCAAAGAUGUUGGAAAAGUGGAUAUUCAUCCAUCAUCGGUCAAUGCAAGAAUUGAUCAAUUCCCAUUGCCUUAUCUGGUUUAUAGUGAAAAGGUGAAAACUGCUAGCAUCUAUGUCAGGGAUUCCACAAAUGUAUCAGACUACGCUCUUCUCCUCUUUGGUGGUUCCCUCAGUGAGAGCAAAACUGGAGAAGGCAUUGAAAUGCUUGGGGGUUAUCUUCAUUUCUCUGCACCAAGGCGUAUCAUAGAGUUGAUUCAGAGAUUAAGAGGUGAAUUGGACAAACUCCUCCAGAGGAAGAUCGAGGAGCCUGCACUUGACAUAUUUUCUGAAGGAAAAGGCGUUGUGGCGGCAGCAGUAGAACUGUUGCACAGCCAAAAUGUUUACCACUAGGUGCUACUGCCUACCCAUUCUGUAUGAACGAGGUUUAGAACUAAAAAGUGACAGCUAUUAGCUCUAUACCAGGGAGUGGUUUUGUAUACUCCCUUCGAUUUCGUUUGCUUGUUAGAGUUGACCACUUUUUUGUAAUUUUUUUGGAAGCAAAGCACUUCUUUUUAUAUGGACAGACUGGGAUAAAUGAGAUAAAUGAACAGAAAAAAUAGUAUGGACAAAAA